GUUUUAGUAAAGUGAUCCGCGCCGCCGCGGCCGGCAUUCGAACUGGCGGUCCUAAUUUAUUUAUUGUUCAAUAUCUAUUUAUUUAUUUAUUAUUUAUUUUAUUUUCUAAUCGCCAUGUUGAAAAUUUUUACGGUGCUGUUUUUUGUCCUGGCAGCAGUGUUCAGCCAGCAGCCGACAGACUACUACCACCACCUCCACUUACCGCACGAUCCCCCCCUCCACCCGGUGCUGGCGGUCGCCCCCCACACCAGCUUCACCUGCCAUGGGCGGACCAAGGGGUAUUAUGCUGAUGUUCAGAGCGGAUGCCAGGCUUUCCACUUCUGUUGGCGACAACAUUUGGUGAGCACGGAGUUGUGCGCUAACGGGACUCUCUUCAACGAACAGUUUCAAGUGUGCGAUCAUUUCUACAACGUGCGAUGUGGAUCUCCCUACGAAGAUUUGUAAAUUAUUCUAAUUAAGUAAAUAAUUAACUUAAAUAUAUCGUUAUUUAUUACUUAGAUUA